AAAUUAAAAUACAUAAUACGAUAUUUUUCAGAUAGAAUGAGAAUUAAAGGAGAAAUUGAGGAUCUAAAAGAAGAUGAAGAGUUCGUGCUGAAAGAAGAAAAAGGAAAGGAAGAAUCUGAGAUGAAAGAAAAUAUGAAAAUCAAGGAAGAAACCGUCACCACCUCUAGUGUAGAGGAUACAUGUACUGUAGAGGAUACAUGUACUGUUGAGGAUUCAUGUACUGUUGAGGAUACAUGUACUGUUGAGAAUACAUGUACUGUUGAGAAUACAUGUACUGUUGAGAAUACAUGUACUGUUGAGGAUACAUGUACUGUAGAGGAUACAUGUACAGCUGAGGAUACAUGUACUGUUGAUGAAACAUGUACUGUUGAGGAUACAUGUACUGUUGAUAAUACAUGUACUGUUGAGAAUACAUGUACUGUAGAGGAAACUUGUACAGUAUAUGUACAGGAAGAUGUUAAGAUGGAAAUUUAUGAAAGUGAAAAUAUAAACCAGGAGAAGGAUCCUUUGCUACCUCCAACAAAAAGAAACAAGAAGAAUAAAAUUAUUAAGCCUAAAGGAGAGAGAUAUCCUUGUACUGAAUGUAAAUAUAAAGCUACAACAUCAAGCCAAAUGAAGUUGCACAUUAAGACUAAACACAAAAGAAUAAGAUGUCCUUCUGCCGAAUGUGAAUAUACUGCUGCAACAUCAAGCCAACUGAAAUUUCACAUCAAGAGUAUACACGACGGGGUUAGAUAUUCGUGUGACAAGUGUGAAUAUCUAGCAACCUCGGAAAGAAAUCUAAAGAAUCAUUUUGAAAGUAAGCAUGAAGGGGUUAGAUACCCUUGUGAUUAUUGUGAAUACGCUUCCACUUUUGCAAGCGUACUUAAAAAGCACAUUGAAAUUAAACAUGAGGGUGUGAGAUAUCCAUGUGAUCAGUGUGAGUAUGUUGCAACUACUCCUAGAUAUCUCAGAAGGCACAUUCAAAGUAUACACGAGGGAGUGAGAUACUCAUGUGAUGAGUGUGAUUUUGUCAGUACUGGAGCUUGGAGUUUAAAAAGGCACAUUGAAAAACGUCACAUCGGAGUGAAGUAUACCUGUGAUCAAUGCAAAUAUUCCACAACAACAAAUUAUAUUCUAAAAACACACAUAGAGAGUAAACAUAAACAAAUACUACAUUUGUGUGAUAAAUGUGAUCAUAAGGCGUCAACUAAGCAAAGUCUAAGGCUACACAUAAAGACUAAACAUGAAGGAAUAAGGUAUGCAUGUGAUCAGUGUGAAAUUUCUACAACCACAAAAAAAUCGUUAAGCGACCACAUAAGAAGUAAGCACGGUGUAAAAAUUGUGAAGUUGAAAUGCGAAUGAUUGAUCUAAUUAUCAAGCAGUGUUCGGAAUUUAUUCCCAAAUUGUCAAACUUAUCCCGUUAUUACA